AUGACCCAAAAGACCGUUUUCCAGGGCGACGCAAAGUCCCAGUCCCACGUCUCAGUGGGCUCGUCUAUCUACUCCGAGAAGCAAGGCUCGUCAUGUACUGUGCAUGGACCCUCUCAGACUCCUCAUCUGGAUCACCAACUUCAACAGCCUCAAACCAAGGAGAUCUUGCAAGCACUCACCGUGGCGCUCAAUGACAUUGCGGAUGAGCGUCAGUGCACCAAAUGUGCGGUGGAAACUGCCUCGGGCCUCUUGACAGGAUAUGUUCGUGAGGUGAAGGCAGCCAAGAAGAAUGGCCAAUAUUCCAAGGAGGAGAAGAAGGCGCUCAAGAAAGAAAUCAAGGGUUUGGCUAAGGGGGUAAAGAGGGAUGUGAAAGCGUUGUGGUUGGAGGGGAAAUAG